GGGCGCCCGAGCCGGGCCGAAGCCGAGCCGAGCGGUGCCGAACUGAGCCGAACUCGGACCCGAGCGGUGCCGAACUGAGCCGAACCCGCGGCCGAACCCGGGCCCGAACGGUUCCGAAGCAGUGCCGAACCCGGGCCCGAGCGGUUCCCAAGCAGUGCUGAAGCGGUGCUGAGCCGGCCCGAGCCGUGCCGAGCGGUUCCGAAGUGUUUCCGAACCGGCCCGAGCGGUUCCGAAGCGGUGCCGAGCGGUUCCGAAGUGGUGCCGAACCGGCCCGAGCGGUUCCGAAGCGGUGCCGAACCGGCCGUGUGUAACGGGAGCCCCCUCAGGCGCUGCCCCCGCCGCCCCCCGCCGCCGCCGCCAUGCUGAUCAAGGAGUACCACAUCCUGCUACCCAUGAGCCUGGAGGAGUACCAGGUGGCACAGCUCUACAUGAUCCAGAAGAAGAGCCGGGAGGAGUCGAGUGGCGAGGGCAGCGGGGUGGAGAUCCUGGCCAACCGGCCCUACAGCGACGGCCCCGGGGGCAGCGGGCAGUACACACACAAGAUCUACCACGUCGGCUCCCACAUACCCAGCUGGUUCCGGGCGCUGCUCCCUAAAGCCGCGCUCCAGGUGGAGGAGGAGUCCUGGAACGCUUAUCCCUACACACGCACCAGGUACACGUGUCCCUUCGUGGAGAAGUUUUCCAUCGAGAUAGAGACCUACUACCGGCCAGACGCGGGCCAGCAGACCAACGUCUUCAACCUGAGUGCGGCAGAGAAGAGGCAGAGGAUUUUGGACACCAUCGACAUCGUGCGUGAUCCCAUCUCCCCGGGGGAAUACAAGCCCGAGGAGGAUCCCAAACUCUACCACUCCUCCAAGACGGGCCGGGGGCCGCUGGGGGAUGACUGGCUGGAGGCGGCGGCGGCCGGCGGGCCCCUCAUGUGCGCCUACAAGCUGUGCAAGGUGGAAUUCCGCUACUGGGGGAUGCAGUCCAAGAUCGAGCAGUUCAUCCACGAUGUGGGUCUGAGGAAGGUGAUGCUGCGCGCCCACCGCCAAGCCUGGUGCUGGCAGGACGAGUGGACGGACCUGACGAUGGAGGAUAUCCGGCAGCUGGAGGAGGAGACGGCGCGGAUGCUGGCACAGAAGAUGGCCAAGUGCGGCGAGGCCGAGGAGCCCCCCACGGCCGGCAUCAGCCCCGAGGGGAGGCCGGAGACAGGGGGGCCCGGUGGGCAGGAGGGGGCUGAGCUGCAGGGCGGGACCGAUGCCUCCUCUGAUGAUACCUUUGCCAAGCAGUGGUCCACCUCUUCCCGGUCCUCCUACUCUUCCCAGCAUGGAGGGGGCGUGUCUCCUCAGAGCCUGUCGGAGUGGCGGAUGCAGAACAUUGCCCGGGACUCCGAGAACAGCUCCGAAGAGGAAUUUUUCGAUGCCCAUGAGGACCUGUCUGACAGUGAUGAGGUCUUUGCCAAGGAGAUGACCAAGUGGAGCUCCAAUGACUUCUUGGACACGCUGGAGCGACCAGCAGAGCUGGAUGAGGCAAUGGGGGAUGGAGCCAGUGCUGCCAAGACAGACGGUGAAGGACUGGGAACGUCUGGCUUCCCCGAGGGCGGCGCAGCGGAGAGCGCGGAGCAGAUGUGCCGGAUCCACGCGCUCUUCCUCAUCCUGCACAGUGGGAACAUCCUGGACCAGGGCGCGGGCGAGCCGGGCUCCAAGCAGGCGGAUGUGCAGACGCUGGCGGCCACCUUCGACGCCGUCACCCGUGUCCACUUCCCCGAGGCGCUGGGACACGUGGCACUGCGCCUGGUGCCCUGCCCGCCCAUCUGCGCCGCGGCCUACACCCUCGUCUCCAAGCUCAGCCCCUACAGCCACGACAGGGACAGCCUGUCCAGCAGCCAGGACCACAUCCCGCUGGCAGCGCUCCCGCUGCUGGCAACCUCCUCGGGGACCUACCAGCACGCCGUGGGCACCGUCAUCGCCCGUGCCAACCAGGCCUACGGAGCCUUCCUGCACUCCGGGGAGGGCGCCGGCUUCUGCGGCCAGGUGGUGCUGCUGGGGGACUGCGUGGGCGGCAUCCUGGGGUUCGACGCGCUGUGCCAGAGCCGGGCGGGCUCCGGGGGCAGCCGGAGCAGCAGCCGCCGCGGCAGCCUGAGCACGGAGCCUGUCUCCCCGGAGCUGUGCGGCAGCAGAGACCCACUGGCUGAUGGGACAGAGGGAGCAGCAGGAUUGGGCCAGGCCAGCCCUGAGCUCCUGGGGGCACAGGGGGACAGCCACCAGCACAGCUCCUCGUCCAGCCUGCAGGCCAGCGAGGCCCCGCUGGAGGCAGAGGCACCCCGGAGUGGCACUGCAGUGCUGGAUGGGGCAGAGGGUGCCAGCACCCGCCUUGAAUUUAAGGUAUCCGGCUUCUUCCUCUUUGGCUCCCCGCUGGGGCUGGUGCUCGCGCUGCGCAAGACCGUCAUGCCUGCUCUGGAUGUGGCCCAGCUGCAUCCCGCCUGCGAGCAGAUCUACAACCUGUUCCACGCCGCCGAUCCCUGCGCCUCUCGCCUGGAGCCCCUCCUGGCCAAGGCCUUCCACGCUGUGCCCCCGCUCAGCGUGCCCCGCUAUCAGAAGUACCCCCUGGGUGAUGGCACCUCGUCCCUGCUGGCGGAGGCCCUGCAGACACAUUCUGCCCUGUUCCUGCCCAAAGUGGAUGUGGCUGCCCCCCCUACUCCCACUGGCAGCUUCGGGGGCUUCUGGAGGGGCAAUGAGCCGGCAGAGCCCCCCACUCCUGCCAACACCAGUGAGGUUGUCAAAACUCUCCCCACAGUCCUAGAGCGCUGGUGGGGCCCGAAGCGCAUCGACUACUCGCUGUACUGCCCCGACGCCCUGACCGCCUUCCCCACCAUCACCCUGCCCCACCUCUUCCACGCCAGCUACUGGGAGUCCUCCGACGUGGUGGCCUUCAUCCUGCGCCAGGUGAUGGAGAAGGAGGGGCCACAGCCAGCAGAGAGUGAGGAGAGCUCCAUCUACAGCCCCGCCAUCCCUCGGGAGAAGUGGCAGCGCAAGCGCACCCAAGUGAAGAUCCGGAACGUGACGGCCAACCACCGGGCCUGCGACGUGAUCGUGUGCGAGGGCAAAGCGCAGGUCCUGAGCGGGCGCUUCAUGUACGGACCCCUGGACGUGGUGACACUGACCGGGGAGAAGGUGGACAUCUACAUCAUGACACAGCCGCUGUCAGGGAAGUGGCUGUACUAUGGCACCGAGGUGACGAGCGGCAGCGGGCGCCUGACCUUCACCAUCCCUCCGGACAAGGCUCUGGCCAUCGGGAUCUACCCCGUGCGCAUGGUGGUCAGGGGGGAUCACAGCUAUGCCGAGGCGUACCUGACCGUGGUGGCCCGCGGCACCGAGUCCGUCGUGUUCAGCAUCGACGGCUCCUUCACUGCCAGCGUCUCCAUCAUGGGCAGCGACCCCAAAGUGCGGGCGGGGGCUGUGGACGUCGUAAGGCACUGGCAGGACGCGGGGUACAUGAUCAUCUACGUGACGGGGCGCCCCGACAUGCAGAAGCACCGUGUGGUGGCCUGGCUGUCCCAGCACAACUUCCCCCAUGGCGCUGUCUCCUUCUGUGACGGGCUCACCCACGACCCACUGCGCCAGAAAGCUGCCUUCCUGCAGAGCCUGCGCACUGAGGCAGAGAUCUCCAUCAUCGCUGGGUACGGCUCCACCAAAGAUGUCUCAGUCUACAGCUCGCUGGGCCUCGCACCAGCACACAUCUACAUAGUGGGACGGGCCGUCAAGAAGUUCCACAACCAGUGCCAGUUUCUCUCCGAGGGCUAUGUCGCCCACCUGGCCCAGCUGGAAGCGGCAGCUCUGGCCCACUCCCCCAAGGGGCCCCCACGACCCGUGCUGGGCAAAGGCACCUACGGCUGCCCAGCGCCCGUUGACUUCCUCCGGAAGCAGAGCCAGCUGCUGCGCUCCCGGGGCUCCAGCCAGGCAGAGCGGGAUGGGGGGCCCCCCUCAGCGCCCCCCGGCUUGGCCCGGGCCAAGCCCCGCAGCGUCAGCCUCAAGCUGGAGGGUGAGGAGUGAGGGUGGCACGGCCAUGUCCCCCCUCCGCUGUGAUCCCUAAUUUCCCAGCCAGCAGCACCUGGGGCCGGAGCCGGCACUGAGCCAUGAGCCCAUAGGAAGGAGAUGAGGGCGCUGGGUCCCCUGUGACCAAGGGGUGCUGGGAGACAGCACUCCAAGCCCCCCCGAGGGCCAGAGUGAUCCCCUUGGGGCUGAGCCCCCCCGGGUCCCCCCGGCUGCCCCCAGCCCCAUUCCCCCCAUGUCCCUUGGGGCUGUUGGGCAGUGCCUGGUGGAGUCUGUGCCCUGGGGUCACUGUCCCUGUGCAGAACUGGGGGGCUGUGGCUGUGCCCCAAGGCAAGUGGCACCUCCCUGCUCCCAGCCUAUUUAUUUCCAUCCGGUGUCGCGGGGCAGGGCUGGGUUGGGGUUCCAGAGCGGUUCCUCUGUUGCCCCCGUUUUGUUUCGGUGUUGAAUAAAGAGAUGUUACGACGAGG